AUGUCUUCCCCCGAAAUUGCUUCCCUUUCUUGGGGUCAGAUGAAGGUGAAAGGCUGUUCCACGACUUACAAGGACUGCAAAGUGUGGCCAGGAGGAAGCAGAACCUGGGACUGGCGAGAGACUGGGACUAAUCAUUCUCCAGGAGUGCAACCAGCUGACCUUGAAGAAGUUGUCAAGAAGGGUGUCAAAACCAUGGUGAUUGGUCGUGGCAUGAGUGAGGCUUUGCAGGUCCCACCAUCUACUGUGGAGUAUCUGAAGAAGAACGGGGUUGACGUGUUGGUCCUGCAGACGGAGAAGGCUGUGGCAGAGUACAAUGCCCUGGCUGCUCAGGGUGUCAAAGUGGGGGGAGUUUUCCAUUCAACCUGCUGA